AGGAUGCUGGGAGGUGGGUCUGGGUUUCGGCGCGGCGAAUGCUGGGAGGUAGUGUUCGGUAAAGUGCUGUGUAACGCUAAAAGCCGAGAGUAAUUUAUUUUUGCCGCCGUCAUGCCGGAUUAUUUGGGAAGUGAUCAGCGUAAAGCCAAAGAGGAAUCCAAAGAAGACGAGAAGCCGAUCCGAGCGCUUGAUGAAGGAGAUAUCGCCCUACUGAAAACCUAUGGUCAGAGUACCUAUUCGAGACAGAUCAAGCAGGUCGAGGAUGAUAUUCAACAGCUUCUCAAGAAAAUUAACGAGUUGACUGGUAUCAAGGAAUCUGACACCGGCCUGGCUCCUCCAGCAUUAUGGGACUUAGCAGCAGACAAACAGACACUUCAGAGUGAGCAGCCUUUGCAGGUUGCAAGAUGUACAAAGAUUAUAAAUGCAGAUUCUGAAGAUCCCAAGUACAUCAUUAAUGUGAAGCAGUUUGCAAAAUUUGUGGUUGACUUAAGUGACCAGGUGGCUCCCACUGAUAUUGAGGAAGGAAUGAGAGUUGGUGUGGAUCGAAACAAAUACCAGAUACAUAUUCCACUGCCACCAAAGAUUGAUCCUACUGUUACCAUGAUGCAGGUGGAAGAAAAGCCAGAUGUUACCUACAGUGAUGUAGGUGGUUGCAAAGAACAGAUUGCAAAAUUGCAAGAGGUUGUGGAAACUCCUUUAUUACAUCCAGAGCUUUUUAUAAACCUUGGUAUUGAACCACCAAAAGGAGUGCUGCUGUUUGGACCACCUGGAACUGGCAAGACCCUCUGUGCGCGAGCUGUGGCUAAUCGGACAGACGCUUGCUUCAUUAGAGUGAUAGGGUCAGAACUAGUGCAGAAGUAUGUGGGAGAGGGUGCUCGAAUGGUUCGUGAACUUUUUGAGAUGGCCAGAACAAAAAAGGCGUGCUUAAUAUUCUUUGAUGAGAUUGAUGCAAUUGGAGGUGCUCGUUUUGAUGAUGGUGCUGGUGGUGACAAUGAAGUUCAGCGUACAAUGCUGGAGCUUAUUAACCAACUUGAUGGUUUUGAUCCCAGGGGUAACAUUAAAGUACUGAUGGCCACAAACAGGCCUGACACCCUAGAUCCAGCUCUGAUGAGGCCUGGACGUUUAGACCGAAAAAUUGAAUUUAGCUUGCCAGAUCUUGAGGGCCGAACUCACAUUUUCAAAAUCCAUGCACGCAGCAUGAGUGUGGAAAGAGACACAAGGUUUGAAUUGCUAGCUCGAUUAUGUCCAAAUAGUACAGGAGCUGAGAUCCGUAGUGUUUGCACUGAAGCUGGAAUGUUUGCUAUCAGAGCUCGCCGAAAGAUUGCCACCGAGAAGGACUUCUUGGAAGCUGUGAACAAAGUUAUUAAGUCAUAUGCCAAGUUUAGCGCUACCCCACGAUACAUGACCUAUAACUAAUUCAACUGUAAACUUUUUCUCUGUGACUACAUUUGCAUAUAUUAGUCAUUUGUGCUUUUGACUAAUUCUAUAAAAUAUGAUGGUUUUGAUUAUCUUUAAAUGUAUUUAAUAACUUGGCAUUUCAGUAGAAGUUCCAGUAGAAAUAAAUCAACUUGUCUACUUAAA